GUCAACACAGGAGAGCUCUUCCGGUGAACGGUCUUUUCCGGUAGCCAAUACCACAUAGCAAGCAUGAAGAUCGUGCAGAGCAACCAGCUUGUGAAGAUUCAACCAGGGCUCACUGGCUCGGUGAAAGCCCGCAAAGUUAUAAUCACAGGACCCAGGGGCACUCUUACGAGAAGCUUCCGUCAUUUGGCUGUUGACAUUAGCAUGAUCGGCAAAAAUACUAUCAAAGUUGAGAAGUGGUACGGCAAGCACAAGGAAUUGGCUGCCGUCAGGACAGUGUGCAGCCACAUCGAAAACAUGAUGAAGGGUGUCACCAAGGGUUACCUGUACAAAAUGAGGUCUGUGUACGCUCAUUUCCCCAUCAAUGUCGCAAUCAUGGACGGUGGACACGCAGUGGAGGUGAGGAACUUCUUGGGUGAGAAGUUCACUCGUAAAGUCAACAUGCUGCCAGGAGUGACAUUUUCCACCUCCCCUUCCAUGAAGGACGAGUUCUUCCUCCAGGGAAAUGACAUUGAGGCGGUGUCAAGAUCAGCUGCCCUGGUUCAACAGUCCACUUCAGUGAAAGACAAGGACAUUAGGAAAUUCUUGGACGGAAUCUACGUGUCUGAGAAGACCAAUGUGGUGACAGAAUAAAGGGACUCUACAGAUCGCUAAAUUAAAAAAAAUAAUGUA